GAUGUAACGUUAGACUCCUUCGGUCCGAUGUUAGUCGAUGUUACCCGAAUCAAACUUGUAUUCAACAUUCGACAGUCACAAUGAUGUUUAUAUAUGUAUAGACAAUCUUCAAUGAUACAAUUUUUUUUUUUACACAAUUUCAUGGGCUGACGUUAAUGCAGAAAAAUAUUGUGCACUAAUCUUGGGAGCAGCAAAAAACCAAAAAGGCCAUUUUUGAGAAGGUUUACCUGCAGACCGCACCUAGUCGGUUGCUCGGAGACGAGUGAAGAUGCAGCAUGUUUGUGUGCUUGUAUUAACUCCGCUUGUUUCAGAGCCUUUAAGCUAGAUAACAAUACAUCUAUUCAUAUACAUUGUAAAUGAUACAUAAUUUUUGUUGUUGUUGGGGGAAACAUAUUUUUGCAUGUAGGUUGAAGGACAUUGCUUUGCAUACCACCUCGCCAGCCUUGUGUCCUGUCUGAACGAAUGGCUGCGUCCAUAGCCAGCCAUGACGUGAUUUCCUGGGGGUGGCAGUGGGAGCAAAGUACCGCAGUUCUCUGCGACUCUGACAUGGGAGCAUUUGGUCCGGAACAACCUGCUGCACUAACUCCACAUUGUACGAAUUUCAUCGCAUGAAGAACUGUUUUAAUAAAAAAAAAAAACAUUUUAUAUUUAGUAAUUUUUUUUGACCAACGCACUGAAAGACAAAUUCAUUUUUAAAAUUUUUAUUCAGAUAGGUAUAUAUUUUGUACCGCUUCGGUUCGUGUGGACGUUUUAGGCAGACUCAUAACGAACCAUGGCGGAGAGAAGUGGCCGGUUGAGCUUCGGUGGCGGGGCGCUCAACAGACCCGUACCGAUGAACCUGUUCGCCACAUGGGAAAUAGAUGGAUCGUCCCCGAGUUGCAUCCCGAGGUUGUGCAGUCUGACUCUGAAGAGGCUGGUGGUCCUGAGGGAGUUGGAUAAGGAGCUCAUCUCUGUGGUCAUCGCUGUCAAGAUCCAGGGUUCCAAGAGGAUCCUGAGGUCCCAUGAGAUAGUGCUGCCCCCUAGUGGCUCAGUGGAGACUGACCUGGCUCUCACCUUCUCACUGCAGUACCCUCACUUCCUGAAGAGAGAGGGUAACAAGCUCCAGAUCCUGCUGCAGAGGAGGAAGAGAUACAAGAACAGGACUAUCCUGGGAUACAAGACCCUGGCUGUAGGAACCAUCGACAUGGCUGAGGUGAUGCAGCACCCUACAGAGGGGGGCCAGGUUCUGUCUCUGUGCAGUAACCAGAAGGAGAUGCUGGGUAAAGUAGCUGAGAUCUGGAUCUUCUCACUGUCCAGUCAGCCGAUAGACCACGAAGAGGCCGCUCUGCAGGGCGGAACCAAGAUCAAAUGUUCAGAUACCUAUUCAGAGGAGGAGUAUGAGAGUUUCUCUUCAGAGCAGGAGGCCAGCGAUGAUGCUGUUCAGGGUCAGGACCUUGAGGAUGAUGAGUAUGAUGUGAGGAAGCCUAAGAAGCACAGGAGGUCUAUCGUGAGGACUGCCUCAAUUACCAGGCAGCAGAACUUUAAACAGAGACUGGUGGCCCUGAUCAAGAGGUUCCGAGUCUCAGACGAGGUGUUGGACUCGGAGCAGGACCCGGCUGAGCCCCCUCCAGAGGUAGAGGAGGAUCUGGACCUCGAGAGUCUGGAGUUUGAGAAUCCCAGUGACAGUGGACCAGAACUUGACGAUGACGACAGUGUUCUCAGCACCCCGAAACCUAAACUCAAGCCGUAUUUUGAGGGUCUCUCCCUCUCUAGUUCUCAGACAGAUAUUGGCAGCAUCCACAGCAGCCGGAGUCACAGAGAACCACCAAGUCCGAUGGACCCAGACAAGACUAAGAGCAGCGGAGACAAGUUCCAGGUGGACAAUGUCUCAGAUAACGCUUCUCUUGAGGAGCAACCAGAGGCAGUAACCCCCACUACAGAGCUGGAGAUGGACAACAUGGACACCUUCCUGGAGAAACUGCCCCCUACUGGCAAGAUGAAGAAGACAGAGUCCCUCAUCAUCCCUUCCAACAGAUGGCAGGAAGCUAAGUUGGCAGGGAGGAGAGGGAGGAGUACUUCCCUAAAGGAGCGCCAGCCCAACAGGCCACAGAAUGAGAGAGCCAACAGCCUGGAUAACGAACGCUUGCUCGACACACGCUGCCAUCUACAGAUCCCCAGGAAGACCGUGUAUGACCAGCUGAACCACAUCCUGGUGUCUGACCACCAUCUACCUGACAGCAUCAUCCUCAUCAACACAUCUGAUUGGCAGGGCCAGUAUCUCUCAGGUGUUCUCCAGAACCAGCACCUCCCAGUGGUGUGUACCUGUACUACAGCAGACAUCCAGGCCGCCUUCACCACCAUCGUCUCACGCAUACAGAGAUUCUGUAACUGUAACAGCCAGACUCCCAUCCCCAUAAAGAUAGCUGUGGCUGGGGCCCAACAUUACCUAGGUGCAGUCCUCAGGCUGUUUGUAGACCAUCUCUCUUACAAGACCCCUGAUUGGCUGGGCUACAUGAGGUUCCUCAUCAUACCACUAGGAUCUCACCCAGUUUCCAAGUACCUGGGUACCAUAGACUAUCGAUAUAACAGUUUAUUCCAGGAUACAGCGUGGAGUGACCUGUUUUACAAGCCAGAAGCACCAGUCAUGGUGCAGGAGAGUCCAGACGUGGUUUCCAGGGUAACCCAGUAUAUGGUCGGGGCCAAUGGAGCUCACCAACUACCCAUCGCUGAGGCCAUGCUCACAUACAAACAGAAGAGGAAAAAGAGCUUUCAUUUUGAUUUUGCAGUAAGCCCUGAUGAGGACUCAUGUCAGAAGUUCAUUCCAUUUAUCGGAAUGGUGAAAGUUGGCAUUGUGGACCAGUCAUCUGCAACAUCAGGUGACUCUGACGAUGCAUCCCCCAUGGGGAUGGUUUUCCAGUCCUCCACCCCUCCGCAGGUGUCCCCUGCCCUGAAGGAAGCUUCUCCCACCCCUCCCUCCUCCCCCUCCGUCAACACAAGCUUUACUUCAUACAGUUCUCCCCAGGGGGAGCUGAUGGGACUACAGGUGGACUACUGGGUGGCUCCCUCCCCGGCUGACAGGAAGAGAGACGUGGAGAAAAGGGACUCGUCUUUCUCUAAGAACACUCUGAAGUGUACUUUCCGCUCGCUGCAGGUCAGCAGGCUCCCCCAGGCCGGGGCCCAGCCACAGCCCGCCAUGUCCAUGACCGUCGUCAUGAAGGAGAAGAACAAGAAAGUCAUGUUCCUGCCAAAGAAGACUAAAGACAAGGAUGUGGAGUCUAAGAGCCAGGUGAUCGAUGGCAUCAGUCGACUGAUCUGCACUGCCAAGCACCAGCAGACCAUGCUAAGGGUGCUGAUUGACGGCGUGGAGUGGAAUGAUGUCAAGUUUUUCCAGUUGGCGGCACAGUGGUCGUCACACGUCAAACAUUUCCCCAUCGGGAUCUUUGGACACCCUAAAGGGCCUUACUAGCAGGCCCGGCAGGCAGCGACUAGAGCUAGUAUCCAUAGAGACCGUUACCAUAGUAGCGACCGUUACCAUAGUAGCGACCGUUACCAUAGUAGCGACCGUUACCAUAGUAGCGACUUUUACCAUAGACACUCAUCUGGAACUGAGGACGACGCCCCCGCUCUCAUGUGCCAAUAGCCUUUAACCUCCCAGCUCCGCUCUUUGCACUGCCCCGCCCCCCCAGUCUGCACUGCCCCACCCACACAUCAUAGCCUGGUCCCAGGUCUGUUUGUGUUAUCUUGUCAACGAUUUGCUUGACAAUGACCAUAGGAGUUGGCAAGACGGCACAAACAGAUCUGGGACCCAAUGUCUUAAUUUAAGCUCCAGCUUUCCCUUGUGUUUUAUGUUAAUACGUUUUUGUGUGUUUGUUUUUUCUAUAUGUAUAUUAUAAACCUUCCCGAGGCAAGGCUGUCAAGGGGACAUUUUGUUUUCUCACCAAGCUUUCAAAAAAAAAAAAAAAUCCUGCUGAUGUUUUGAUUUUUUUGUUGUUGCAGAAACCUAAUGAAAUAAUAAUUUGAUAAAUUAACUCAUUAACUCCUAAAAAGCGAGUGUUCAACUUUUCGGCCCCCUCCCACCAUUUCUCUUUUUUUUUUUUUCAUGUGGUGAAGAUGGAUCGUUUCAAACACUUUGCCAGGCACAAAUUAGCUAGAUAACUCUUUGUCAAGGAUCACUUCGUAACCAAAGGCCCCUGAAACGUUGGCUGGUGGAGAAGGGAGGAUGGAGGGUGGUAGAGGAGGACAACACAGAAGAGAUGACUUGUCUUGUAAGGCUGGAAGAAGGAGUGGUCUGGAUCCUCAAAUGAAAUGACUUUAAGCCGAGACAGACCUAGUCCUGGGGGUGUAUUCACUAGGAACGGAGAGGGACCUACCUGAAUUUCUCCAAUAGGAACUCUUGUGUUCGUUACAAAACAUUUUCCAUUGUGAAACGUUUUUGCUACAUUGUGCACUUAUGAAUACUCCCCUAAUGACAGUGGCUCCUGAUGAAGCCGGUUACUGAGACUCUCUGCACUCAUCGGAUGUAGCCGGUUACUGAGACUCUCUGCACCACUGAGACUCUCUGCACUCAUCGGAUGUAGCCGGUUACUGAGACUCUCUGCACCACUGAGACUCUCUGCACUCAUCGGAUGUAGCCGGUUACUGAGACUCUCUGCACCACUGAGACUCUCUGCACUCAUCGGAUGUAGCCGGUUACUGAGACUCUCUGCACUCAUCGGAUGUAGCCGGUUACUGAGACUCUCUGCACUCAUCGGAUGUAGCCGGCUACUGAGACUCUCUGCACUAAUCGGAUGUAGCCGGCUACUGAGACUCUCUGCACUAAUCGGAUGUAGCCGGCUACUGAGACUCUCUGCACUAAUCGGAUGUAGCCGGCUACUGAGACUCUCUGCACUCAUCGGAUGUAGCCGGUUACUGAGACUCUCUGCACUAAUCGGAUGUAGCCGGCUACUGAGACUCUCUGCACUAAUCGGAUGUAGCCGGUUACUGAGACUCUCUGCACUAAUCGGAUGUAGCCGGCUACUGAGACUCUCUGCACUCAUCGGAUGUAGCCAGCUACUGAGACUCUCUGCACUCAUCGGAUGAAGACUGAAAUGUGCAAUAGAAUUAGCCUGAAAUCCAGACCUGUUUUGUGCUAACAUUCCACACCUUGUACUCCAUGUCAUAUGUUUGGCAAUCACAAGUAGUGGCAAGGAGUGGAAUGAUGGCACAAACAGACAGGUACCAGGCUACAAUAUACUAUAUACGUCCUGUACAUCCAAUCAAUUAAAUGUAAAUGCAACUCAUCAUUGAGAUGGCACUGACCCUGCAAUGACAAAUGGUUGAUGCAUAUCUAGCACUCUAUCCUGUCCUCUCUCUGUCUCUAUCCUGUCUUCUCUCUCUCUCUCUAUUCUGUCUUCUCUCUCUCUAUCCUGUCUUCUCUCUCUAUCCUGUCUUCUCUCUCUAUCCUGUCCUCUCUCUUUCCCUCUCCCCUCUCUCUCUUUUCCUCUUUCCCUCG